AUGAAUCGUGACGAAAUGCAGCUAAGAGAUAGGUUGCUUAUGUUCGCGGAAUCCUCAAAUCCGCACAAACCCUUUAAUGUUAAAAGAAAGCCGACCCUUACCAAACAAUCUUCCAAAUCCGGACCCAAACUCAGUGUUCAAGAUUUCGUGAGAAUGGAUCCAAGUUACACUCCGGAUAUCGAACAUCUAGUGUUUCCGAUGAGGAAAAGGAAUUCUCAGCAAGUGGCUCCGAUUAAUCCGCCGCCCUCGAAAACGCGAUCCCGUUUGGCUGAGAUGUUCGCUUUGAGUAGACAUUUACAGCAGAAGUCGACGGAUAAGGAUUCGAAGAGGAGUUCAAUAGUAAGCCGAAGCGUCGACAGCGUACUGGAUUCUUCGCCCCUGCGAAACUCGAGAGCCGUUACGUCAGAGACAGCUCGCCGCUGGGUAUCCAGCGUGGAGGAACCCAAUAAAAUCGAGACCCACAAGGCUCCUUCUGCGGCCGGUGUAUCUGCAUCCCACCCAACUUCUCGGCAAAAUUCCAUCAGCACGAAACUCAGUCCUGCCGCGGACGCAGACCUGAUCGGCGCGAACAGGUGAGAACCAAGAGGUGUUUCUUCUUUCCUCGUUUUCUUCUUUUCGCCCGUGUACCAUGAAAGCGAGUCUGAAAACGUCAAGGUUGCGUUUUGAUUUUUUUUUGUGUAGGUGCUGCAAUUGUGCGUGAUUUUUAAGGAUAGCAGAUUUAUGGAACGACAAUGAUUCG